CGAUGCGCCGCCGCGGCAGUGAGGCGCGCUCUCUUCAUUGGCGGAGCUUGAACACUACGGUCGAUCGCGCGUGAUCGGUCGCAUUCGCCACUACGUGUGCUGACAGUACAGUAUUUAGGCGAGUAUAAGUAUAAUCACGUAGCGUAGAGUCUGUUGAUGGCCGAUAUAAUCUGCGACGCAGUUGUUGCACCGCAUCGUCGCGCAAAAAGAAAAUAAUUGUUUUAUGCGCGAUACCAUUAUUGAGUUUGAUUAUUCUAUAAACAUGCAAACAAUUGAUGCUGUUUUAUCGUUUCUCGCUUAGUACAAAUUAAAAUUUCGUCUUCCCGUCUACUUUGGUUUUCCUUCGUUACGAAAUGCAUGAACCAGGCAUAAUUACUUCAAUAAAGAUUUGUUUUUCAUUUGUUUACUCGAAUGAAUAUUGACUAUGUGACACAUAUGGAGAAGCUGCCAAGAAAGCGGAAUUUGCAGAGGAUACGUCAGAUUUAAAUGGCGAAUACGAGAAACUUGUAGAUCCAAAAAAUCGCAAAAACCUUAAAGAAGGGCGCUAGAGUCUUCCGAUGAUAAUGGCGAUGACGAAUUGGAGACAAGCAGCAGAAAAAAUAUCAAACAGGAUGAAAUUUCAACACCAUUUUCAACUAUAGCAUCCUUGCACGAUGUGCCAACUCCACCAAAGCAAAUGUUAAUUGAUACACAACAAAAGGAUAAUGUAGAAGAUAUCAAACAGGAGGAAGAUAAUGCACAUGAACCCGCACAGGAAUCUGACGAAGAUGAACAAGAGUCAAAGAAACAAGAUGCUGAAGUAGAUAAAAAAGCUAAUGAAAGCGAGAAGCAAGGGCAUGUUGGAGCAGGAGUUCAUAAUUUCUUAUCGGCAUUAGACGCCGUAAGUGAAGAAGACGACAUGUCACAAGCUGCACAUGAUGAUACUGGACCUUCCAAUAAACCUACAGAGCAGUCGGCAGGAUCAAAUUCCGACAUAGAGAGUAAUGUCGAUCAUAAUGAAAAUAGCAGGAAAAAAAAGAAAUGGACAGUACCGAAAAAAAAUAAUGCAGGUACUCUAAUUUUCCCGAUAACACCAUCAAAAGAGUUUCAAUCCCAUCUAGUCAAAGUUAAAAAGAUUCAGCAGAGUAAUGUAAAUAUCGAAAAAUUAAAAUUAAGCAUCUCUGACCGGAAGAACGAGAGUACAGAUAGAGGCUCUACGGCCAGUUCGGCAAGAGACAAUGUAAAUCUCAAAAAUCCUGCACCGAUUACAUCUGCAAGUACUAUUAUUAAUGAUGAUGUGCAAGCACCUAAAGGAAAUAAUGAAGGCGAUAAGCAAGAUUAUGCUACACUUGGAGUCGGUGGCUUCUCAUCGGCACUAGACGUCUUAAGUAACGAUCCGAAUUUGUCGAAAAAUCAAUCGACGUUCAGCGAUGUUAAUGAUGGGCAGGAAGUAGAUUUUCAGAAGAUGAGCAAAGAAAAGAUUAUUCAAGUAGAUACUCCCUCAAUCAACGUAAAAAGCAGUCGUCAGGAUCAAAUUUAAAAAAAAAGAAUGCAAACGGAAAUCCUGUACCCCGUACAUCUGCAAGUACUACUAUUAGCAAGGAUUCAAAUACAAAUAGUAAAGAAAAAACUCCGAGCAAGAAAAUUGCAGCAUUUGACAAAAGUGGGAUACUAACAGUGGCUCAAAUCAAUAGUUUGUCUGACAGGGACUUAAUCGUUCAUUCAAUAUUGCUGAUGCAGACGAUUCUAACAAAUCAGAUCAGAAAAAAGUUAACGAAGGUACGAAGACUACGCGCUUUGAGGAGAAAACAAAUGAAUUAUUUGAUAUAGGAAUACUGAUCAAAGAGAAAUUUCCUUUGCGCUCAAGGCACAGUUUGAUGUAUUCAACAAUCAUUUGAAGACCGACAAUGAAUUCAGAAUGAGAUUU